AUGUCGAGGGCAACGCCUUUGUCAAAAACGUUCAGAUCAUUGAAACCCCAUUCAAGAUUCAAACCAAUUGCAAUUAAUUCUUCAAACCCACAAAAAUCAUCGCAAAGCCCAUCUGAGAUAUUGGCAUCAUUGUCGGAUAAACCUUCAUCAUCAUCAAAUUCAAGAUCGAGGAGAUGGACUGUAUAUCUGAUUCUCUCCACCAACCCACCCGUCAAAACCUAUGUCGGAGUCUCCAAUAAUUUCUCGAGACGCCUGAAACAACAUAAUGGUGAACUGAAAGGUGGUGCAAAAGCUUCCCGUGCUGGAAGACCGUGGAUUUGUGCAUGCCUUAUUCAAGGAUUCAGGAAUAAAAGCAAAGCUUAUGAGUUUGAAUCAAAAUGGAAAAGUGUAUCGAGAAAACUGCCACGUAAAAGAAAAGAUAGCAAGGUGGAGAAGGAAGCGGACAAUGGCCCGAUGUUAUUAUUGCAACACAGGCAUGCAGCACUAAAUCGAGUCAAAGAUUUGAUUGAUUGCAGUCACCUGGAAAUCAACUGGCACUUGAACCUUAUGUAA